ACUGGGGUUACCAUAGGCAGGGUUCGUGUCAAGCUGGCCUGGGCGCUGCUAUGUCCAAGAACGGUGAGAGGCUCUUCAUCGGGGCGCCAGGAAGUUGGUACUGGCAAGGCCAAGCGUUUUCACAGCCGUUGAACAGUCGCGCGAGAAUAAUGUUCACGAAGGAAGGGCCGGCCACUGAGGACGAUAGCUACAUGGGUUACUCUGUCACGACCGGGGAUUUUAUUGGAAACGGUGACAGCGGCACCGCCGUCGGUGUACCCCGUGGCUCCGAUCUUCUCGGCAAAGUGAUACUUUUUACCUCGAACAUGACGAAUCCUCGUAACAUUACUGGAGAACAAAUGGGAGCUUAUUUCGGUUACGCCGUUGCUUCCGGCGAUAUCGAUGGCGAUGGAUCAGACGAUCUUAUAGUUGGUGCGCCUAUGUACACGGUACCAGAUAACCCGGAAAUGACCAUCGAGACCGGAAGGGUGUACGUGUUCUAUCAAGGCGCUGGAGCUGAAAAAUUCCGUAAAGUCGACUCCAGGGACGGGGAGAGCAACCGUGGACGAUUCGGCUUGUCACUGGCCUCCCUGGGGGACAUCGACCGUGACGGUUAUGGUGACUUCGUGGUGGGUGCUCCUUAUGGUGGUCUACGUGGUCACGGUGCUGUCUACAUUUACCACGGUUCACCAACCGGCGUAUUGGAAAAAUAUUCCCAGGUGAUAUACGCUGAAAAUCUCGACGUGCCUGUGAACACUUUCGGUUUCUCCGUGGGCGGUGGCCUCGAUCUCGAUGGGAAUCGUUAUCCGGAUUUAGUUGUCGGCGCCUAUGAAUCCGGCUUUUUACCUGUCAUCAAGAUGGACUCGUACGUGUCGUUCGAUUUGGAGUCGAAGCUGAUCUCGUUGGACGAUAAGAACUGUACAUUGUCGGAUGGAAGCAGAGUCACGUGUCUUCCGUUGAGGGCUUGUUUUAAAUACACGGGAGAAGGUGUGUUCUCCAAGCACAGUUUUAACAUUCAGUACGUUCUGGACGUGAAGAAGACGAAGAGCCCGAGGCUGUUCUUCUUGGAGCUGGAAGGAAGGAACACGAUGAAUCGGACCAUCAAGGUGGAUCGGGAUCAACAAUUUUGCCGCACCGUUCAGGUGUACGUGACGCCCAACAUUCGCGACAAGCUUACAUCCCUGGACGCUGAGAUGCGGAUGAGCCUGGAGGAAGAGCGCUUCGACGACAAUCGACCAAGAGACCCGAGGCUCGCGUUACGACCCAUUCUCGGCUCGACGACGUCCAGGAAGGACUCUUUGUCCAUCAGGAAGAACUGCGGUUCCGACAACGUGUGUAUCCCCGAUCUCCAGAUGAACGUGACGUCGAACGUGCACAAGUACCUGUUGGGCUCUGGCAAACGUCUGGAGCUAGACGUGUACGUGCAGAACAUCGGCGAGGACGCGUUCGAGGCGACGUACAACUUGAAACUACCAGCCGGUAUCGAUUACAUCAAGGUGGAGAAGAUCGAGACCAUGGGAGUACCUGUGCAAUGUUCCGCGCCGAAACAAUCGAACAACAACACUCUUCGUUGCGACAUCGGCAAUCCGUUGCAGAAAAAUCGAUUGGUCAAGUUCAAGGUGUUGUUGCAACCAGUUACGUCACACGGGAUGAAGCCGAUCUACGAGUUCGAGAUGGACGUGAACACUACGAAUCCGGAGAAUCUGUACACUACCGGAGACAAUACGUACAGUUUGAAACUGCCGAUUUGGAUCGAGACCGAUCUACGCGUGGACGGAGAGAGCAAACCGAAAGAUUUGUACUAUAAUCCGGAUAAUUAUACCAGUGAUACGAACGCUACUACCGAGGCAGAGUUUGGACCAGCUAUGACGCAUAAUUAUACCAUUCGGAAUCAAGGUCCGUCGGAGGUGAUCGAGGCGGAAGCUUUUCUCAUUUGGCCCGCGCAAACUUUGGCGGGAAAUGAGCUGUUGUACUUGUUGGAGCAACCGGAGACCAACGGACCGAUCGCUUGCGAGCCUGCUAAUGCUAAUUAUCUUAGCCUCAAGCUGGACCAACGCAGAAGAGUGUUCUCCCAUCACUCAGACCCAUCCGGAGUGAUUCUGGACGAGUCCCAUUCAGGUCGAACGAUCAACGUGCAACGCGGAUUCGACAUAGACCGAAACAAGCUAACCCAGAAAGAAGAGGCAGAUAUCAACAGCGGCGACAGUUCGAACAUCCAGAAAUCUCGUCACUCCUCCUCCUCGUCGAACGUGGUCACCAGCGAGACCAGAAGAAUACAGUUAUCCGGCACCGGGGACAAACCAGACGUUCUAAUCACAACCUACACGCAGAACAACUCCGGCACCGGGUCGAUCAACGCCGGAGACCUGACUGCUGGCAACAGAGGAAUGGUUUUUCACGCGGAAUCCGGCGGUUCCGGGGACACGGGCAUUCUAGGCGGUGGUUUUCGGUCGAGUGACGGCAGUAGCCUGGGCACGAGAGUGACAGGCCUCGAGGAAGAAGACUACAGAACCCGCGUGAAUCAUUCUCAAACCUUGGAUAACCGCUGGGGCGAGACCGGUGUCUCGAAAGGUCGCACGUCUGACGGCGAUCAGAACGAGAGCGAGGAGUCCAGGAGGACGUACCAGGAGUUGUUGAGGCAGCAAGAGCAGAUGCAGCGAAAAUGGGAUGAGGAACGUCUGUAUUAUCACAGGAGGCAGGAGGAAGAGGUGAGGAGGCAGCAGGAGGAGGAACGAACGAGGCAAGGGGAAGAGGCGAGGAGGAGGCAGCACGAGGAGGACCGAAGAAGACAAAAGGAAGAGGAGAUAAGGAGGCACCGAGAAGAAGAGGAGACGAGAAGGCAACUGGAGGAAGAGCGAAGGAGAACCAAGGAAGAGGAGUACAGGCUCGAGCAAGAGAGACGUUACAGCAGUACUUCUGGAGGAUAUCGCGGUGCGGAUGGAGAACUGAUCACCGGUGAUCGAGAGGAGACCGUUCGAGGAGGAGACUACGGGCUUCAGCUGCGCAACGUCAGCUCGACGCAGGAGUUGGAGCGGAUAUUUGGAUCCCUGUCGAAGUCGACGGACGGUUACCAGUUGUACGACAGACAGGGCAAGCAUUACGUUCAGUUCAUGGGGAGAUUCAGAACGUCUGCCGACGGAAGAGAGUACAUAGAGUUCCAGGACGGUUCUAUGUUCCCUCUUCAGAACCGUCUCGGAGGGCAGAGCUACGUUUCCGAGUCCUCGGAGCCUAGAGACAGCAGGUUCUUGAGAAUAGAGGGCGAACUUCUGGUCGAUUCGACCGCCAAAGGGUUCAUCGUGCUGAAAGACGGUCGCAGAUUCCCGCUGCAGGGCUCCUUCAGCUACACCGAGGAGCGAACCUACACUUUGGGUCCUAGCAGAGGCCAGCAAGCAGGCAGAGCUGGCAACGACUACGAGACGAAGAGUUACAGCAAAUCUUGGAACGAAGAUUCGAGCCAGGCUGGCGACGUAGAGAGGGACUACGAGUCUAGGUACAGCAGCACUCACGAGGAGAAGAGAAUGGAGGAUAGAAAAGUGACCAGCAGGGUUUACGGAAGGGAGAAUCGCGAGAUCGAGGAAGAUUCUAAGAAGGAGAGCGGUAGAAUUAAGAGGGAGAGCGACAUGAUCGACGUGAAGCAGUUCAAGAAGUUCGAGAAGCUUCACAGAAGACCCAGAGACCUGGAGAACGAUCCUAUAACGGGUGAAAGCGAUUUCGCCGGCGAGACGGACUAUGAGAACGAUCCGAGAGCUCAGGGACCGGUUGGUCCUUGCGAGACGGCCAAAUGCGUCAUGCUCAGAUGCGUUUUAGGCCCGUUGAAGAAGGAUCAGGAGGUUUGGAUCGCGGCUAGAUACAGGGUGGACGCGAGGACACUGAAGAAGGUGGCUCUGCAGGAAAAAGUCAGGGUCUCGACGAAAUUGGUGGCUCAAGUGACCAAGCAGCCGUUCAUAGGCACACCUGCCGAACAGGUGAUCAAGAGCCACGAAAUUAAGACGAACGUCGAGCCAAGUUCGACGCCAUCUGCGCCGGAUGUUAUUCCUCUGUGGGUCGUGGUGCUCUCUGCCUGUGCUGGAACGAUCAUACUGCUGUUGCUUAUUUUCCUGCUUCACAAGUGCGGGUUCUUCAAGAGGAAUCGACCGUCGGACGCGCCAGAGAGGCAGCCACUGAAUAGGAACGGCCAUUUCCCGCAGUGUGACGAUCACUGAAAACCAAACGAAGAGUCGAUCAGUGGAGAAGAUCCAUUUGAAAAAUUUUCGAACGAACAAGCCAGAAAGUGCCUUAAAUCCUCCUCGAGUAUCGCGAAGGAACGAAACUAUGCACUGGUUGGAUCGUAUAGCUCGUUGUAACUGUAACACAGUUCCCGUGAACGAGCAAACGAGACUAAUUUGUAAUUAACAAAAUCGCGAGUGCCUUUAUCUCUAAGCGAAGAACAAGGAAAGAGCUACUCGGAUGAAAAAAUAACGCGAUGUUAACGCGAGGAGGUUCUUCAGCGAUUCUUUUUUCUACUGCCAUUGAAUACUCCUUCCAGCUCCUGCAGCUCGACCAUGCAAGUUUCUAGUCAGGAGACGUUUUGAUUAUUAUUGUAUUUUUUUUUUUUUUUUUUAAUUACCUGUAAUUUACUUAAGCCGCCCUUUCGUCGACAGCAGCGAGCACAGAUCGUCUCGAUGCUUUUUUUCAAGGCUGAAAAAAUUGUCUCCAGAAAUGUCUUGCUAUUUAUAUACAAUGAGUAGAUUGUACUUCUUCUUCUAUUUUUGUUUUUUACAUCAAUCGGAAUUUAUUCACGACGUUUCCUUUCUCGAGGGAAACGUCUCGUAUCGGAGAUUUCUGCGAAGAUAAGGAGAUCGA